CACAGAGUAACGCAUCCUGCGGGACAUAGACGAUCUUCGGUGGGAGCGCACACAACACUCACGCGUGUACAGGCGACCUUUCAGAGCCGCUGCACAGUAGCGGACGACGAGGAGCCCAAACACGACGACUUCAGGCGUUUAAACCCCCGUAAAUGGGGUUAUUAGCUCACCAGCCGUUACCUUUGUCUCGCCCGUCUGCCUCGGCCGACUGUUGUGGAUGGAUUAUCAUUAUUCACGUCUCACCGAGAAGCCUCACAACGCCCAGUCAGCAGCGGCAGCCAUCGCUCCGUCAUUGACGCUGGAGAAUACUGUAAUCUGUCUCUGCAAUGGCAGUCUUUAGUCACCAGGUGCUCCUUGCAGUCACAAGAUCAAGGGGAUCAUAUUUGUUAUCCAAGAGGCACAGCUGCUCCCCUCUGUCUUCCAAAGCCUAUCUCCACCUAGACGCUCCUCGCCAGGUCUCGUCCUCGCUCACGCUCAGGCACUCCCGCUACGGCUCCCCACACUGUUACCGAGGCCACGCCGUCGGCUGUGGCCACAACUCGGCCCUGCUCGCCCGCUCCCUGCACAGCUCAGGUGUUUGGCUCCAAGAAAUAAAGCAGGAGGAAACUAAAACUUCACCAGCCGCCGCCCAGGAUGCUUCCCCGGGAGCUAAAAAGAACGCCGUACCCCAGUCCCAACCUCCGGCGGUUCCCACUCCGACAUCCGCCAGCACCACCACCACAACGGCCGCCGUCCCUCCAGUGCAGGAGAGGGCGGCCGUGAUAAAGGCUCUGUAUCAGAAGAUUGUGGAUGAGUUCAAGCACUACUACAACGGCUUCCGGUUGCUAGGCAUCGAUAUCACGAUCGCAGGCAGGAUGGUAUGGAGGCUGCUUCAUGGGCAACUGCUCACACGCAGAGAGAGGAGACGGCUGUUGCGGACCUGCGCUGACCUGUUCCGCCUGGUGCCCUUCACCGUGUUCAUCAUCGUUCCUUUCAUGGAGUUACUUCUUCCCGUCUUCCUCAAGCUCUUCCCGGAGAUGUUGCCCUCCACCUUCGAGACAGAGUCCAAAAAGGAGGAGAAGCAGAAAAAAGGUCUGGCAGCGAAGCUGGAGCUGGCCAAGUUCCUCCAAGAGACUAUCGCUGAGAUGGCUCGAAGGAAUAAAGCAAAAGCUCAAACAGAUGACGAGACGCAGCGCUUCUCCACAUACGUUCAGAAGGUCCGGGGGACAGGCGAGCAGCCAACCACGAAGGACAUCGUCCGGUUUUCGAAGCUCUUUGAGGACGAGCUGACGCUGGAGCACCUGGAGCGCCCCCAGCUGGUGGCUCUGUGUAAACUGCUGGAGCUGCAGCCCAUCGGCACGAACAACUUGCUGCGUUUCCAGCUGAUGAUGCAGCUCAGAACCAUCAAGUCAGACGAUGAGAUGAUUGCAGCAGAGGGUGUGGCAGCUAUGAGUGUGUCAGAAUUACAGGCCGCGUGUCGUAGUCGGGGGAUGAGGUCUCUGGGUCUCACCACCGAACAGCUACAUCAGCAGAUGCAGCAGUGGCUGGACCUGCACCUGAAGGAGAACGUUCCUCCGUCGCUGCUGCUGCUCUCCAGAGCCAUGUACCUGACGGACAUCAAACCAAAACCUCCAGUCAUCCCGCCCGUUCCCAAGCUAGAGAAAUCUACUCCUCCUCAAGCGGAGAAUACAGGAACAAACACGACCUCAGUCAGCACAGACAUGUUGGCGGACCCUGCUAUCAUCAUCAAAGACAGACCGGUGGAGGAGAUGAGAGACAAAGCUCCGAUUGUGUCGGACAAACCUCUGACUCCUGCCGAAGUCCUUCAGGCUAAAGCAGCAACAGAGGUGUCCCAGAAGAGCAAGAUGAGUGCCAACGGUGUGUAAAGUGGAGCGGGAGACUCUGGACUGGAGAGAGGACGGACUCAGCUCUGUGUUCUCAGGGGAGGACAGGGGGGGAUGACAGGGAUAUGGGGGCCGAAUGACGGGCUGUUGAUGGGCUACAUUUCAGUAAACCGCAGCUAUUUUUAAAACACCUUCUUGUGUCUCUCGGGACCAGAGUGAUGGAGAAACAAUGGCUCCUCUAGGAGUCCCUCUCUCUGUCAACACCCAGAGAAUGUCCGCUGCCUCUCCCGCUUUGUCUUUCAGCAGGGUCGUCUUCGUACCAUCAUCUCCUCUGCUCUCACAUUUGUGCACUCCGUUCUCUGUCAGUCUCCGUUAGAGUUGGACAAACCGACCUGACGUCUCAACGGACUGGCAGACCAUUGAUGGUGCGAUAAUUUUGACCUAAUGUCCUGGAAUUGACGCCCGAACCGCCCACUGCAGAGCCCGGUCAGUCGCCUGUUUGAUGGGCGAGUCCCCUCACAGUCUAGACGGUCUCCUCCUCCUGUAAAUUUGUAAAUAUCCUGUAUAUUUGCGUCUCUGUCUUACAUCGCAGCGGCAGCGGCUCUGUACAUUUUGCUGUGCAAAGGCAAAGAUUAUCUCCCUCGAAGUUUUUGUUUUGUUUUUAUCUGGAUACCUUUUUUCGCUCCUCUUCAGGAUAUGAGAGAAGUCACCCUUUUUGUUUUUGUUCAGAGAUACGUUGCUGAACUUUUUGGAUCAGUAGCUGUCCCCCCCAGCCUCUGACCAGGGUGACAUAGCGUAGCUGCUUGCUGCUGAAUUUAGCAAAUGAAGACUGGUAUAUUAUUAAAGAGAGAGGUCACUCCUAAAAGCCAGAGGUGACUGUGGUAAAGUGCAGUCCGCCUCCACUGGUAAACCACUGAAUGGACAAUCUGUAAAAAAAAUAAAACAAAGGAAUGUGCAGAUUUUAUUUGCAUAUACAGUAUAUGUAUUGUGUUUUAACACUAUGAUACUAAGCUUUCUUUAAACUGAAAAGAGAAAAUACUUUAUGUUGUCCAAUGAGAUAUAUUAUUAAUAUGGGGGAGCAGCUUAAAUCCUCAAGCCACAAAUGAGAUAAAUGUUUUGUUUUUUUAUUGUGGCUCUAGAAGACAUAAAUGCAGAGCAUUUAUUUGCCCAGCUAUCCUACUGCAUUAUAAGACCCUGAACGCUGUAAUUGGAAGGUUUACUACAUCAAUGUGUACUGCAUAAAUACAGGGUUGUGUGCGUGUUUGACAGUGCUUAAGAUUUUCCAUCCCUCUUUAUACAUUUGACAUUGCUGGAGUAGCUUCUUGUUUCCACACAUUUUUUCCUCUUUGCUAUUUAUCCAUAGACACAUCCCAGAAGUGGAUGCCAUACGUGAAAGGAUAUUUUUUAAACAAAAAAAAAGAAAGCUAAUGAAGAUUUAUAUUAUUGGUUUUUACAUAUGUGCCUAAGGUUAAAGGGCGAUUGUGUUUGGGUUUGCAUUUUUCAUCAGAGACAUAUUUUCUGUAUUGUACCAUUGUCAGUUUUUGAUUGAGCAUCUCUGUGUGUUCAAAAUGCCCAGUUGAACUUUUACCUUUUAGUGGAAUGUAUUAAUCCCAAUCUAAAUUAAUAAUUUUGUUAAAACCCCCUGUGUUGAUGCUGAUGAAAAAGCAAUCACCUUUUAAAUCAGCUCUGCGUAAAUAAAUAAAAUUACUCACAAUAGUUGCUUUAUCAUAUCUGGAUUUUGCUCUGCUGCCAUAUUACAACAAAAAGUGAGCAGAGUUAUAAAGCAUUAAUGGCAUUUAUUUUUGUAAACAAAAAGUGGGUGCUGUUCAACAUCACCUGUCACUGAACUGUUGAGAAAGAUGUUUCAUGUUGAUGUGCAGCCGCUCAGACUGAUUUUUUUUUUAAAGUUUCUGAAGUUGAUGACUGGUACCGCCCACUGCGAGUUUUCUGUUGUGCCUCUGAGACCCUGAAACUGAAAAAAAAAGUGUGUAAAUUUCUGUCCCAGCUAUUGGAGAGAAUGCAUUCAUCUGCAGCCACGAUUAAACUCAUCCACAGAUAUUCCAUCUUGUUACAUCACAUCUUUUAUCAUAGUGUGUCAACAACAACAACAACACUUUGUCUGGAAACUUCCUACUGCCAUCUCACAUGAUUUGUUAUAUCGAUGCCAUCAGGGUGUGUCCUCUGUCUCCAAGUAUCGUUUAUUUAAGUUAAAAACAAAUGCACUGUUGUCCAGUUACAUCUUACCCUGCAUUAAAUGUAUGCAUCACUUGACCAGGGAAAAUGAGUCUGUGUGAUGGAAAACAACAAAUUCACACGAUUAAAGUCAUU